CUCCUCCCGCGCGGCAGGGGGCGCUGCCGCCGCCCGUUUCCCGCCGGCGGGCCCGCGCGCGGAGGAUGCUGAGCCGGCUGCAGGAGCUGCGCAAGGAGGAGGAGACGCUGCUGCGGGUGAAGGCGGCGCUGCACGACCAGCUCCGGCGCCUCAGGGUGGAGGAGCUGGCCCUGCAGUCCAUGAUCAGGUCCAGAGAGGGGAACGACACCGUCUCUUCAGCCGCCGCCGCAGAGGAGACUCGCAAGCAGACUCUGGGGCAGAUGGACAACGAGGCUGCCAUCAAUCAAACGGAAUUACACCUGAGUCUUCAAGACCAUGAAGAAGAAGAGGAGGAAGAAUCUGAUUGAGAGAAAAAAAACAACAGAGAAGUGUUUUAAUACAGACUCAGGAAUUUCUUCUUCAUUUAUAUAAAAUUCACCGACUGAUUUUCAUUUUCCCUGUAUGUGGAUAUGAAAUAGCUCAUUUGCAAGACUCGUGGAGUCUGGGGAGGUUCCACUUGAACACAAGUGUCACAAGCUUGGCACAUCUUGACUUAGAUGUUAAAAGAAGGAAAAUUUGCUGCAGAAAUAUGUAGCAUAAUCUGUUCUGCAUUUAAAACCUAGUGUAGCUUUGUGUGUUGUUGGGAGAAGUCAUUAACCAAAUCAGCCUAAUUUAACGUACACUAAAAGCAAUAAUUCAUCUACUGUUAUUUCCUGAUGCUGAAAAAUAAAACCAGGCCAGGGAGGCUGGUUACUGAACCAGUAUUAUAUUACUAACCUCAUUUGCUUAAAGUGGGAAUUUUAGGAUACACAACGAGAAAAGAUGUGUCUGGGACGGUGUCUUUUGGCUGCCGUGUUCUCUGUUGCACAGACGCUCCCUGUCACUGUGCCGGGACACUGGGGUUUUGCACCAGGACAGUCGGGUUUGCAGCAUGAACCUAAUCCUGAGUGCGGGGCCUUUUGUUUGUCCACAAAUUGCACGGUAAGAAUUGGUCUGUGUUACUUGUAAAAAGGAACUGAUAUUUUUAAAUUAGCGUUACUAACUUCAUAGAUCAAUGCAAGUCCACCUUGUGCUUUCAAGUGACCUUCAAGGAGGGGGAUGAGUUCAGUAAGUUAGUUAUGAAACAGAACGUGACGUGAAGUCCCCUCCGCAGUGUUAUUAAUGGUGCGGUAAUGAGCUGGUGCUGCUGUAACCAAGGGACAACACAUUGUUUCUCCUCCUGGAGUGCAGACACCAUGCACUGCACUGGUUAUUUUAUCUAAAGACUUGUUUUAAAGGACAGAACACCAAACUCUUUUAAGCUGAUUAAAAACAAACAGUAAAAGUCAUAUUCAAACUGAGCCACUUUCUUACCAGGAAAAUUGUUAUAUCCAGGGUUUUUCGUUGCACAAAAAGUAUCUAAUGGUGCUGUCGCUGCCUCUGGCAUCAGUUGGAGAAAAUGGAAUAAAGACUCUUCUGGAGUUUGCUUUCAAGAGCAGGAAAGGAACUUGGAAAAGUGUCCAGGGUGUGGUCAGAACAAACAAUUCAACCUCCCACACCUUCCUGCCACCCUUUGAGGAGAGAUUGGUUACGUGGUUUGUAGCAAGAGAACCUGAAUUUGGGAAUGUAAAUGCAGCUUUAUCCUCUACUAAAGACUAAUUGGUUUCUGAGAAACCUGCUGUCGUAAUGAAGGGGCUUAGAACAUGAGUGCAGAAGAUUUAGCAAAGCUUUCCCCAGCCUGACAGGUAAAAGAAAGUCCAAAAAGUUUGAGCUGAAAAAGUUCAAAUAAUUGUGCGAGUACACGUGGGAAGGCUGGGGCCGUGGGGAGCUCCAGCCUCCCUUUCCUUUGGGUGCUGCAGCUCCGCAGUCAUUUUGACUCUUGGAAAAGGUGAUUUGUCCCCAGCACGGUCUGGAGUAGUUUUCAUGGAUCUGCUUCCUGCUGCCUUCUGCAAAUGAGUCCCUUGCUCGCUUUUGGAUUAGAAUGGACCAGUUCAAUUGUAUUCUGUAAUAAAGUACUUUUCCUGGUGGCUUAAUACACGUAAAA